AUGGCCGCUGCCGCUGUCGAGUCCGGCAACCCAUAUCCAGAGUCGCCGUACGACGCUGAUGAUGUUGCUUUCCCGUGCAAAGGAUGCGGCGAGAUUCUGGAAGAGGGCAAAGCCUUCGAACUCGCUGGAAACCGAUGGCACAUUGACUGCUUCCGAUGCAACACCUGCGGUACUCUGCUCGACUCGGAUGCGAACCUGCUCCUACUGGGUGAUGGGUCGCUGAUCUGCAACAACUGCACAUACAGCUGCUCAGGAUGUGGCUCAAAGAUCGAGGAUCUGGCUAUCUUGACUGGCGACCAGGCGUUCUGCUCAGACUGCUUCAAGUGUCGGAAUUGCAAGAAGAAGAUCGAGAAUCUUCGAUAUGCUCGGACUUCACAAGGCAUCUUCUGUAUGGACUGUCAUGAAGCUCUCAUGGCCAGGCGGCGGAAAAAGACAGGUCGUAAUCCGGCAUCACGUUCGAAACUGUCCAACAACAUACAUCUCGACAAAUCUCUCCCGCCACCUCCACCAUCGGAUUCGGCACCAUACCAGCAAACGGAUUCGGAGUAUGGCAGUCCUUAUGUCUCGCCUCCACUAGACUCUAGCGUCCCAUCAAUAUCAAAGACUGUAGAAGGAUUGAGACAGACAGAUUCUAGAGAAGAAGACUUGACUAGCAGCACAACUCUGAACAGCCAUUCACCCAGCAAUGAACCUGACAGCACAUUCAAGGGCGGCCUCACACUGCCCUCUACAACAUUCAACGGCAAACGUGGUUCAUUCAUUGCACCAAAAGCGGAGCCUGCUGCGUCUGGGGAAGAAUUCCUGGUCCCCGUUGCAUUUGACCCCUCCCCGGCUGUUCAGUCACCACCACAACAAAGUCAACAGAGAGAGGUUCCUAAGAUCACGGAGGAACGUCCGCGCGAUUAUUUUUCGCGAAGUCAGAACUCGCAGUCUACCAAGAUCUCGAGUCCUCACAUCACUUCGCAGCUUCAGGGACUGCAACGGUCUCAGCAAUCGUCCUCGGAUACUUUGCGCAACAAGAAGGACGAUAGCAGCAGUCUCAACAAUUCGACUGUUGCCUCACCUCAGUUGCCGUCUGAACGACAAUUCUCUGAGUCCAGCAGUACGUCUCAGAGUGCUCGUACAGGAUCGACGACUACAGAAGACAAGUUCAAGCUGCAGGAUGCGCCAAGCACCAAGCGUAUGCACUCGUCGCAAAGCUCUCGAUCUGACAGUGGCUACACAACUGGUUACACUACUGCCCUACCACAAGAUCCCGCUGACGUCUACACAACACCGCGACAUUCUAUCGACGACAGUCCUUCGAUCGAUCAAUCUCCGCGGCCACCUCAACACCCAGCUCUCCUAGCUGCUUCGCUACCGAAACGCGGUGACUCUUUGGACCGCGCAAAGAUGAACCAAGGCAAGACUAUUGCACGGAAAGAGAUCAACACCACGAACACACCGUCUUCGUUAGGUGAUGUGAUGAAUCAAAAGCCCAACAACGCAAGCGAGGCAGCCAAGGUCAACGGUGGAAAGGUGAUUUCUGCACCCAUCGAAUCGCCCAAGUCCAAAAGCAUCUACGAUACUCCUACCAUACCUACUCACGACCAGAAAGAGUCUUUCACUGAACCUAGAAGUGCUCCCAUGCCACCUCCUGGUUCUGCCCGGUCCCGCAACGAGUCCGUUAGUACCAUUCAGUCCGACAUGUUCAAAGCCGCGCAGAAGUCGCCGUCUCUGCCAAGGUACUCAGCUGGCGGAGACUUCACCAUGGACGAAGACAUGGCAAGAAUACUGGGCAACGAGAACGCCGAGCAGUCAUUCCUCAAACGUGUCUCGAAUUCUGUCCGUCACGGCAGAAGCUACAGUGACAAAGCUGGUCGCAUGUCUCGGGAUAAGUGGCCUCGAUCGCCUGCUCUGCAGGACAUCAGCAGCCCCAGCACUGCCUCCCUAGAUGGUGUCAGCGAUCAGCUAGCCUUCUACAAAAACCAGACACGAGAUCAGCGCGUCAAGCUGAUUGCACAGGAGAAGAGAAUUGCGGAACUUGAGGCCCAGAUCGCGUCUUCGCAAUCGAUCAGUCAAGUCAACUCGGAAUUGAGGGAGAAGCGAUCAACUAUGGUCGUUCUCGAUACACAAAAAGAGAUCGUCGUCCGAGAGCUCGAGCUCAUGACCGAACAUCUCGCAGCUGUCAAGGCGAACAAGGAGCCCAUGGACGUUGGCAAGAUGACCAAUACUGUCCUCCGCGAGUUUGCUGCUUCGCUCGAGAGACUGAAGAACUCCUUCACACCUCAACUGGAAGACUUGAUCGAGAGACGCAACAGUCUCCUGGAAGAAAUCGCCAAUUUGACAACAGUCAAAGACAAGAGCUUUGCUGAGUUCGAACAAUUGUCGUCGAAGAACGCCCAACUGGCCGAAUUGAAUAAUCAGCUGGUUCAUCAGAUCCAGAAUCUCUACAAAGCCAAUUCCGGCCAGACUCCAGAGCAGACCAAGACACAGGUCAACGGCCUUGGCAUCUAUACUCACCACAAGGACAAGUCUAUCGAGCAGGCCACGCUUUCCCGUAACCUGUCCACCGACAACUCGCUAGCUGACUCUGGUACCACGCUGGGUGCUGGGGAAGCUGAGCCUGUGACUGUGCUGCAGGGACCGCAGGUUGUCAAUAUCAGAAAAGGUCAACCUAAGAAGUUCGACUGGCGCAAAGGCCAGAAAGUUGCCAAGGGCGUGACUAAAGGCAUCAAAGGAGCUUUUUCGUCCGCACAACAGAACUACAGCCGCGAUCUGCAAUUUGCUGAGACCGGUGCCUACGGCCAGCAACCUGCUGGUCAAGGUCCUGAGUAUGGAGCGACUUUGCCUAGACAAGGUCAAGACGCCAAGGGCUUUGGCUUCUUCGGCGGUGGACCCAAGGCUGGUGGAAAGGGCAUGUAUGGGCAGGGUAACAACAGUGAGCCUAGUCUGCUCGAUGCUAGCAUUCACCUCUUCGGCUCUGAUCUCGAACAACGUACCGAGUACGAAGGUCGCAGCGUGCCCGUCAUCGUCAAGCGCUGCAUUGAUGAAGUCGAGACGCGAGGCAUGGACACCGAAGGCAUUUACCGGAAAUCCGGCGGCAAUAGUCAAGUCCAGCAAGUGCGCGACGUAUUUGAGCGACCCUCCGUCGUCUCACACGAGAUCAGCGAGGUCAUUUCCGACCCAGACAUGGACAUCCACGCUAUCACCUCCGGCCUCAAGCAGUACUUCCGGAAGCUACCAAUUCCGUUGAUCACCUUCGACGUCUACGAUAAGCUGCUCGACACCACAACCAUCGAGAACCGCGACGAAAAGGUCGCUGCCAUGCGCGAGGCCGUCAAGGCGUUGCCACCUGUGCACUACGAGGUGCUGGAGUAUCUGAUGAGGCAUCUGGAUCGUGUGGUGGAGCUGAAAGAGGAGAACUUGAUGACGAGCACGAAUAUUGCGGUGGUGUUUGCACCGACCAUUAUGCGGCCGGAGAGCUUGGCGAGGGAGCUGGGUGAUACGAAGGCCAAGAAUGAGGCCGUGACUGUGUUGGUUGAGGAGGUUGAUCGGAUCUUCCGCUAG